UCAUGCUAUUGAUAGAUGCCGGAGCACCACUUGAUAUAAAAGGGGGCGAAUUACAAAGAACACCAUUGCAUUUAGCUGUUGAUUUGAAUGAAAUAAAACUCGUGGAAGUUCUUCUUGAAAAGGGUGCUUCUUUGAUGGUCGAAGACGAUAGUGGACACUAUCCAAUACAUCUUGCUGCUAUACGAGGAAGAACUGAUAUUGUACGAGCUCUUUAUUUAGCUGACCCGAGUCAGGAUAAACUAAAAACAUCCUCGUAUGGUACAAUACAUGUUAUCAAGGGAAUGUCUUUAUUUCAUAUUGCCGUUUGGAAAAGGAAUGAGGAGCUUCUCGAUGCUUUGAUAGGACUAAAAGCUGAUCCAAAUGUAAGAGGUUUCAAUGACCAGACUCCUUUGUACUUUGCAAUUAUGAGAACGCAAGAAGGCUUCAUCAAUAAAUUAUUAAACUACGGACGAACCGAUAAGAAUAAACCGCAAAAGCAAGGUUUCACUCCUCUUCAUACUGCUAUUCACAAAGAUUUAAAUGACAUCGCAAAACGUUUAGCAUUAGAUGUCAAUGUUAAUGUAAACGCAAAGGACAAAUAUGGGAAAACGGCACUUCAUGUAGCAUGUGAAAAGGCUAACGUUGGGUUAAUACAAAUUCUUCUGGCAAAAGGAGCAGAUCCAAGAAUGAUCACUCAGAGAGGGGAUACUGUGUAUCAUAUCUUAAGAAGAAGUGAGAAGAAAUUGUCCGUAAGAGGAUGUAACAAUGCAAAAUGUGCUGAGAAUGUCAUACGUGAAUUUUACCCGGAACUUGGUGCACUAUUGCCGACAAGGAGGAAAAAAUACGGCACAGUAAUCAGACCUCCAAGUAGAAAAACACAAAAACCAACCACAGAAGAUUCAAAAGAAGAUGAAAGUGACAAUUUUUUAGAGGCGUGUGCUUCCAUACAAGAAAUGUAUUACAAACCAAAAACAGUUAAAAAGAAACAGAAAAGAAGGAAGAAAGAUAUGUAUGACUAUUACGACUAUUAAGCAAGAUAUUAUACAUGUAUAUGACAGAAAAAGAAUCAAACACACAACAAAAUGACAUAAAAGACAUAAAUUGUGAUAAUGGCGACUAUUUUUAUUAUAUAUAUUGUUUAAUCAUAUGUGAGAAGAUGAUGAAUCAAAUGAACAAAUAACAACAAAUGUGAGAAUUAUUUCUUUCAUGCCAUUCAUUGUAAUUAAUUUAGACAAUAAUUUGUUUCUUCAUACUCUACUUUUUUUAUCAAUAUUCUAUAGAUUAAGCUAAAACUGUAUGUUUAAGUUAGAUGCUAGGGUUAAUUAAUGCAUGUUUAAUCUUUAUGUGUGUGCAUGUUUAAUAUUAUGUAUUCUGAAUCUAAAUACAUAUAAACAAUUUUUAUUCUACAUUUAUAUACAUGUAGUCAUGUGUACAAGAAAUUGAAAUAUGACUUAGACAAAAGGGUUGAAAAGCAAAUACAAAAUGAUUGAACAAAGUCAUUGUUCAAACACAUCAUAUUAAACAAUAAAUGUAUAAAACAUCUGAAAACCGGAAUCCUCUGAAAACCGGACUUUUGGUCAAGUCCGGACAGGGUCCGGUUUUCAGAGUUUUUACUGUACUACAACAAUAUAUGCUAAUUAGAGUAAGACUCAAUUAUGAUUUUUUGUUGUGUUUUAUUUUGUAUUUGUUUUUAUUGUGUUGCGUUUCUGUAAACGGCAUUCGAAUAAAAUCAAAGGAACCAA